AUGAAUGUGCUGUCAAACCCAGUGAUCAGGGCCCAGGAGCCUCUCUGUGGCCCCGGCUCCGUGCAGGACUUACCCCACUGCCCUCCAGGGUUUAACUUGAGCUCCCGCCUCAAUCCUGCACCCAUGCUCGGCCUCCAGACCAGCCAAAGAUCAGCCAAACCGCAGAGGGAGCUGAGCCCCGAGGAGCAGCAGGAGCUGAGGAGGAAGAUUAACAGCAGGGAGAGGAAACGGAUGCAGGACUUGAACAUCGCCAUGGAUGCUCUGAGGGAAGUCAUGGUGCCGUACGCCUCAUCGCCCUCCUCUGCCUCCUCUCAGUCCCACCAGCCUGGAGCUCCUCCAGGCCGGAGACUCUCCAAGAUCUCCACCCUGGUUCUGGCCAGGAACUAUAUCCUCCUCCUGGGCUCCUCCUUGCAGGAGAUGCGGCGGCUGCUGGGGGAGGUGAGCGUCGGGAUGGGGGUGAACAUGGGACCGGUCCCCCGGCUGCUGCUCGCUGGAGGGUGGCCCCUCAUCUCGGGCCCCGGUCAGCUCCUCCUCACCCAGGAGUCCCUCCUCUCCUCAGCAGCAUCUGCCUCCUCCUCCUCUUCCUCCACGUCAUCAUCCUCUGCUGCAGCUAAAUGUCCCCUGCUGGCUUCGGGCCCCAUGGAGGCCUCGCUGGCCCCGGUGCAGUGGAGCUCUGCGGGGGCCUCAGGAGGACCCCUGUGCCCCUGCGGUGUCUGCAGACUGCCCAGAUUCAGCCACUCCACUCCAGCACCCAGAUUCCCAAAGUGA